AUGGCAAAUCCUCAGCGGCAGGCUUCAGCUGCCGCAAGCCGCUACUUCACUUCAAGUACAAUGAGUGAUUUGCAGCGGAUUGAGGAUCUCUACAACCGCCUCAGUGCGGUUGCCCAAGAUGACUAUGCCAUCAAAGAACGCGAGAUCAAGGCUGAGUGUGAAAACCAGCAAUUGGCCUUUCUGUAUCGCCAAGAUGUGCCGCCAGAUGUCAAGGGCAUGCUGCGGUAUCUUCUCCUGGAGAAUCAAGAUUUGCACCUUGAUAAACUGCAGCUAUCAUAUGAGGCUCGGAAAAAAGACAUACUCGAAGGCAAGAGGAGAGAAGAGCGUGACCUGCUCACAAGAAUGGGCACCAUGUACAGCGAGUCGAAACCAGUCCCCGUUAGCACCCCCGUCGCCAGCCCUCGCAUGUCGGAAGUGAGCCCCGUCGUCUCGCCAUUGACAAACAGCAAACCAUCGCCAGUUCCGAGUUCGACACCGUUGCCAUCCAAUCUCACGGAACAAGGCCCGCCAAGAAACGCAUCGCAGCCCCCCGUCUCGUUCCGGCCGUCCCCCCUUAACCCUGCUGCGGGCAGCAGCACCUCUGUUGGCGGACCCCCCCACCCAUCAGGCAACAACUCGCCUCUGCAGCAGCCCGAUGCUAGUCGAGCUGGCACACCGAGAAUCCUGUCUGCUAAGCCAACGCCGAGGGCCUCCCCUGUUCCGCAUCAACUGCAACAGACUGCGAACGACUAUCUGCAGGCACGCGCGGCGUCACCGCAGUCCGCUCCAACUGAGCCUCGGGGUAAAACCUCAGCGAAACCCCAGGAUGAAACCCCAGCACAGGCACAGGGAGGAAUACAGGCCGAGGCACAGGCAGAAAUACAAGCACAGAUGCAGGCUUUUAUUCCAAACCAAAGAAGACCUCAGAAGACACAGUCAUGGCCGAGGCCAGUGAACCCAUCGCCAAACCCAAACUACGGACUAGACCCAUCGUUGUUCCAGCAAAAGAAGCGAAAGUCUGAAGUUGCGGACAGUGGAACAGUAUCCGAAAGGGAACAAAGCGAUGAGCGCAUCAAGCGUCUUAGAAAAAGUGACGUGCCUAAGUGUAUCCCGGAUAUCAACAUUUCCGUGGAGAGAAGGAUCUGUUUCGAGGACGUGCACCAGGGAGGCAUGCCCAAGUACAUGCAUACCAUCAUAAAAUGGGAAGACGGCAACUAUUACAUUCUCUACUGCGAAGAGCACGGCGUCCACUUUAGGCAGAGAGCUCUCACGGCAGCGGCAAAACACCUCGACUCCAUUGCGCAUGGUAAAAUGAGUCGCCAUCACUCCCAGGCCCUGGAGCAACUUGGCCGCCGCAUCGUCGACUGCGAUGACGAGAAGAUGCGCAGGCACAACGCAGUCGUCGCCAAAGCGUUUGAGAACGGCUAUUCCUUACCUUCAAACGAAUCUCUUCUUCAGGAGAACCAAACAGCUUCGGUCACAGACUCGAUCACCGCCGAAACAACAGUCGAAGUGGAUUCACAUCAAGCCCAUACACCACAGCUGAGUCAACAAAUACGGGUUGAGCCGGAAGCAAACGCGACACACAAAGUAUCUCACUUCCACAAGGUUGACAAACGAAAAUCCCCCAAUCGAGAAAUUAUCGUUAAUCCCGUGGCUGGAAAACUCUACUAUGCAACCCCGAAGCGUCGGUUUCUUGACAGGGUGAAAAAGUACAUCGUCAUGAUUCUGGCGUGGAAAGACCUCACGGUUUGCGGUCUCCCCGGUACCACGUUGAGUCAACUAGAACUUAUUCAGCAGGCACAACGCAAAACCUGCUAUGCCUACGAUGCUCAGGGCAUCGCCGGAUGGAUGCCCGACUUCGAGGACGGUGGCAAACACGUUAAGAAGCGCUGGUUCCCCGUCAUUUGGUUUGAGGGCACCAAAACAGAGGACAACCGAGAAGGUUGGGUUCGCGCCGAGGAGCUCUCAAACUUUAAUAUCUUCCCCGUUCCUAAAAGAAAUGCAAAUCACCCACAGAUCAGAGCACGCGAGUGGUACUUCCGAUGCCAUCCCGAUGAAGCGCCUGACGGCCUGGGUCCAUUCUCGAACGGGCGCUUGGGCGCGGAAACAAGUGGCGCAACGCGAGCUUCUACUGUUGCCUCGGCCGUUGAACGCCCGAAUGAUGACCAAGGCAUCGUUGAAAUCGAUGAUACUGACUCUGAUAGCGAGUCUGCUGUUGAGGAAGCGCCUGAGCGGAGGAGUCGUCCGCCCGCUGAAGACCAUGCCAGCGAUAGCGAUUACCACGCCUCUGAUGAUCGAGACAUGGCCGAAUCGGUUGCCUCUUCGCAGUCCUCGCGGCACCCGAAACCGCCGCCAAGGAGGAGUACUCAAGAGUUACGCUCCAAGGCCACCGAGUCGGAAGCUAUGCGUCCCGUAACCCCUGUUCGUGCUGGAGCCGCAGCCGGCACUCGCUCCUCAACGAAGAAACAGUCCGUGGGACACGACAUUGACAUGAAAGAUGCAUCCCCGGUGCUCUCACCACUGAGCCGGCGUGCUCGCAAAAGCACCAAGGAAGAAGAAUCAGAUACACGAGCCGCGGCGGUCACGCCUCAGGCACCUCAGGACCAGCCUUCGAUUCAAUUGGGAACCCCUCUGGACAAGAAGGCGUCCCAAGUUCCUGCAGCGAUCGAAGAUCAGGAGACUAGUCCGCUAGAUGCCUCUGAGAAGACGCCUGAGCUGCAGAGACGCGAGACUCCAGAGACAACCCGCCCACUUGUUCAAGUGGGUCGGGAACCUUUACAGGAACCUCCACAGGAGAGUAUUCGGGAGGAGCCGACACCCACGGACGGAGUCGUCGGGACGAAUUUGCAGGACGUCGUGGAUCAAGCUCGCCAACGGCUAGUUGAUCAGGCGUGCUUCAAGGUUGCCACGGAGGCCAUUCAAGAAGUGCUUGGUCAAAAGCCCGCAGUCUCUGCCGCCGCUAUUGACGCAUUUGACACGAAUGGGGAGAAAGAGGUCAGCACUAUUGAUAACGGCCCAGGGCAAGGGACGACGCAGCAGCCUCCACAGGAUGGGAAUGAGGAUCGGGUCUCGGUAAUAGGUGCCGAGGAGAAUGAACCGUCGGUUGCCAGGAGUAUAACACCUGCGCCUCUUCCGCAUCAAGCAGUCAGAAACUCUUCUGCGGUACCGUUUGCUGAGCGGACUGUUUCGGACGAGGCCACGACAUUGGCACAAGAAUCACACGAGGAAAGGGCGCCAAGCGACGCAGAGAACGGGGACGGAGAUGGAGACGGAGACGUGACGUCAAACCAGGCAGCCAAGGCCAACAAUACGCCUGCCAGUGUUAGCGGCGUGAGCGUCAGGGCCAACGGCGGGCCGAUGAGCAACAGCCCCGUCGAGGACAAUGUCGCACCGACCUCUACGAGUUCCCAGCCCAUUGUUGUGAACACCGGUCCACGUGCGGUAGACCCAAGUGACCGCUGGCGAGCUGUUCGGGCAACUGAUUCUGAUUCACCAACUGUCACACCUCCUCCACAUACUGCUAUACCCUCUCCAGUGCCUGCAACUCAGGUCGAUGGAGGACAGAACCCGGCGACUGAGACCACACCAGUACCGGCGCCGGCCCCAGCAACACCUGCGGCAGCAACGUCUGUUUCAGAAGGACAGCCAAAGACAGCUUCGGCCGCUCAAGACGGCGUAGCAGAACCGUCUCGAGCGCCAGCGCCUGAAGCCCCCAACAAACAGACAGAAUCGGCCAACCACGCCAGCUCGAAAGCGGGCACAGAUUCUUUGGCGAGAUCCCGCACGUCGACGCCGGCGGCUCCGCCGCCUGUCCCCUGCUCACCAGCUGCCCGGGCCGAGCCUGGCGUGAGCGACACAGUGUGGCAUGUGUCGGUGUUUCAGCAAGGGAACCGACGGUGGUCCCACCCAUCGCUCUCUCUCAGCCUGGCUGUGGACGAGGCGGGCGUGGCGAGAACGAGCGACGCAGACGAAAUGGACGUGGCCAUUAAUCCACGGGCUGUUCAGAGCAUGCAGUACAGCCAGACGGCAGAUAAAUCUCGCGCCGAGGUCAUCUUGAAACCGAAGGAAGGCAUGUUGGAGCAGAAGAUGAUAUUCACAGUUGGCAGUGGUCGAAACAAGAUGCAGAGCGUGAAAUUUGUGCGUUGGAUGCUCAAGGUCAACCCAGCGAUCACGAUGCUGACUGGACUGACGCUGCCGCCCCCGUGA